GACUGCUUUCGGAACAACGCCAGGUGAGCUGAAUACUAGUGCUGUAUCCGAGUCAAACUCAUUGCCGCUGUCGCCAACAGCCACUGGUCAGGAUGGUGCAGUAGCAACAGCAGUCACCACUGGCACCGCUUCGCCACCGUACAAUGUCUACAGUGAGAAAGACCCUUCGAGUUCCGUUACUCUCCAGUACCAGACCAUCACCGCAAUGCCAGCUUACCGGGGUACAUCAUUAGAGGUGCGUUUUACACAGUCUUAGUUUGUUCAUCCCCGAUCAUCUCACUAUACAUCCUAGGAGUUGCGCAUGCAAGACUAUCAGCAGGGCCGAAAAACAGCGGGAGCAUUCGGCCAAACAUCCUUCGGAACACCCGCCGCUCAACCGACCAGCAUAUUCGGUGCAACCACUCAGCAACCUGCUACUUCGUCCAUUUUUGGUGGUGGCACGACUGGUGCUUUUGGGACUGGCACUUCACAGCAAGCCGGAACAGGUACUUUUGGUGGGUUCGGCCAGCCAAGCCAGCCUGGCGGUGGUACUGGAACUGGUCUUUUCGGUGGCACAUCUGCUUUCGGUCAGCCUCAACAACAGCCUCAACAACCGCAGCAGCAGCAGCCAUCCGCAUUUGGGGCAUUCGGACAACAAACCCAACAACAACCAAACACAGGCGGCGGUAUCUUCGGUGGCGGUGGAGGGUUUGGGCAAAACAAGCCCACAACUGGCUUUGGGUUAGGGACAACUGGAAGUUCGUUCGGUACAACAGGCACUGGCGUAUUUGGUCAACCUGGAACCCAGCCAGCAACUGGUACAACUACGGGUCUGUUUGGUCAGCCCCAGCAGCAGCAGCCGCAACAACCACAACAGAAUCAACCUAGUACGACGUUCGGCGGGUUCGGUAAGUUUCACAAGGCAAUAUGUGCGGGUGUAAACCAACACCUUCCUCUGGCAGGAGUUGCAACUGCUGCAAAACCAUCGAUAUUUGGCCAGCCCGCCCAGACAACAGGUACGACGGGGACCGGCUUUAGUUUGUUUGGAAACCAGCAGCAGGCUCAGCCACAGCAACCGGGCCAGCAAUCACAACCAACUACCGGGCUGUUCGGGACUACAGGGAGCACCCCUGGCACCAAUCCUUUCGGGCAAGUGCAGCCAAAUCAGCAACAACCUCAAAGUGGUGGUUUAUUCGGCACUACUCCUACUCAACCGUCCGGUGGCCUCUGGGGUAAUACCGCAGGUACUGGUACCAGCUUGUUUGGAAACACUCAAACCCAAGGACAACAACCUGCACAGACCGGUGGUCUCUUUGGUGCCGCCAAACCUGCGACAACGACGGGCACUGGUCUGUUCGGUGGUGGUACCACUUUUGGACAAAUAGGCACAGCGGCUACCGGUACAGGCGCUCAACACACUGGUACCUUUGGCCAGCCGCUGGGACAAAGCACAACGAACCAGCCAACUACGGGUACAGGUGGCUUUGGUACUUCUCUAUUUGGCCAACCCAAGCCAACUGCUCCAGCCAUCAACACUUCUACUUCUACUGGCAGUCUUGGCACCUCGUUAUUUGGAAACACGAGCACCCUGGCUCCGUCGACCACAGCUCCGAACGCGCAGGGCACGUUCACAGCGUCUAUCGCUGAGCCCAUUGCCAGCAAUCUACCCAUAUUCUCUAUGCUUCCUCCGGGCCCGAGGGCUGUCACCAUUGAAUCAAAACCAAAAAAGAAACCUGGCUUCUUUAUGGACAUGCCUAUACGCUCGCCGGUACCUCGAAUCCAGCUGGGGUACACGCCUGCUGCAUCGAAAUUGCGCGGGUUUAGUGCAACAGAAAACGGAACAAGCCCUCUCUCCCUGUCGCUGACCAACGGGAAGACAGGUUCCUUGUCGCUGAGCCGGGUCGACUGCCAGAGUGCUCUUCGCACCUCUACGGCGGCGGAUGCAUUCCUGCGUAGCGCAAGUCCGGCGUUGGGAAGUGGUGCAAGACAAAGCGUGAAGAAGUUGAUUUUAGACAAGAAAGUGGAACCUGCAGAUCUGUUUAGCAAGUCAGGUCGCGGAAGCCCUGGGAGGGUAACCUUCAGUCCUGCACUUAGCCAAGCUGCACGACAGACAGAAGUUGCGCGGGAGAAGGAAGUUGCAUCCGCCGCUGCUUCCUCUCCACCGAAGGAGGCAUCUUCAAAAGCUCCCAAUCGCUUCACUGCUCAUACCAGCACUGUCAUCCUGGGUCAGCCGUCGCCAACAGGAAAGGGCAAAGCAGCACCGAACAGUGGGCCUGCACCACUCCAACACGGUGACUACUGGGUGAAGCCAGAUCUGGAAACACUGAAGAAUUCGUCAUAUGACCAGCUACUCUCUUUCAAAGAUCUGAUGGUCGGCCGGGUUGACUUCGGAGAGAUUCACUUCUUGGAUCCCGUCGACCUCACGGGAUUGCCGAAACUCGGGGCACUCCUCGGGGAACUUGUUCGGUUUGACGACAAGGAGUGUUGCGUGUACCCAGAUGGUGAUGACGCAGACAAACCCACUCCUGGGUCUGGAUUGAAUGUGCGCGCUCGCAUAGUGCUUGUGCGAUGCUGGUCAUUGGACAAGGCAACGAGAGAGCCAAUCAAGGACGAAAAGGAUCCAAGACACGUGAAGCACUUGAAGCGUUUAAAGUCGAUGAAGGACACACAAUUUGAAAGCUUCGACAUCAAGGAAGGGAAAUGGACGUUCACGGUCGACCAUUUUUGAGUACCGUUGUUCGUUUUUCUUCGUCCUAUAUCACCCUAUUUCCAUCCUUGCUCUCGUGGGUCAUACGGAGUGAUACGUCAGUGCAAAAAAGUGGAUAAUUCUGUUGUUCAUGCCAUUUAGUCUUAGCACGUAGGUACAAAUACGCAUGU